UGGUAUACGCAAGUUGAUUUCGCCGUGGCUGGCGGUUUGUUUUUCUUGGUUUUUAGCGUCAAAAGAAGCGUCAUUUUGUUUUUUCCCAAUAGUUAUUCAGGAAAUGGAUAAAUUGAGUGAAGAAUUAAUCUUAGAAGUAAAGAAUCGUCCAUAUCUUUACGAUGAUAAACACAAAGAAUACAAAAACUUGGUCGCCAAGGAGCAAGCUUGGAAGAAAAUUGGAGAGGUGUUGAAGAUGUCUCCUAUGAAUGCCAAAUCCAGAUGGAAGAACUUGCGCGACUCAUAUGUCAAAUAUAAGAAUCAAUUAAAUAAAGUUACCGACGCUGCUGGUGAAGAAGCUGUAAAUAACCGCUUUUCGAAAUGGACUGGGCAUUCGUAUUUGUCUUUCCUGGAUGAAACUUUAGCCCGACGUUCUAUAUCUAUGUCCAACGUAUCCCUUAAAAGUGAAAAUAUUGAAGCCACACCACCUGCAAAGCGCGCAAGGAGUUCGCCUUAUAAGGAAAGUGUCCCAGAUCCGAAAUCAAGCUCCAAUAGAUCAAAAAAGAAAAUUCAAAGCAGAAUUCGUGCAGUUUUCCAUUCCACCUAUUCCAAGAAGCGUGCAGAGAAGACAUAUAAGCAAGAAAUGCAGAAACCGCUACAACAAGAAAAGCAAACUGCGGAGCUUUCGGAGUCUGAAGCUAAUACUACCGAAUUUGAGCACUCCAUUGCUCCUCCUGAAAACUGCCUUGAAAUAUCAACCACCAAUGGAAUGGUACUAAGAGAUAAUCACAUGCCAAUACAAAUGCCUCAAAAUAAAAUGAAUGAUACCGACAUAAUCUUUCAUUAUUUAGAAGAAAAGAGGAAAUGUCAAACGGUACAAAGGGGUAGCGAUGCUGUUGAUCAUUUGUUUAACAGCUAUGCACAAACAUUUCGAUCUUUACCGCUACGCCAGCAGGUCAAUAUUAAAAUUGAAUUGGCGAAACUUUUCGCUAAAGCUGAAAUAGAAAGUCAAUCUUAGAUAAGAUGUAGGUAUCUGCUAUGGAAUUUUAAAAGUAGAAUGAGCUUUUUGUUUGCUAUUUAAAUAUUAGGGCACCUUCAUGAAAAAUAACUUUUUUAUUUUACUCCUAUUGAAGUAUUUAAUUUUGUAAUAUCGUUAGUAAAUAAUUUUGAAUGUCAAUUAUUUUAAUAUCAGUUGCGAGUUUUCAGAAAAUAAAUUUACGUUCAUGCGCUAUGGCGCAGCAAA